GGAUCAGCGAAACUUCGCCGCGAUGUUGCCGCGGUGGAUGCGGCGGUGCUGUGCAGGGCUGGGGGCGGGCGGCUGGCUGCUCCUGGCGGUGCUGGCGGACUCUAUCGCGGGGUGCCCGGAGGUGUGUCAGUGCGCGGACAGGACGGUGCACUGUGUGGGGAGGGGACUCGCGCAGGUACCUGACAGUAUCCCAGCAGACACCACGCGGCUCUACCUGCAGAGUAACAAGAUUAAGGAGCUGCGCAGUCGGUCCCUCAGGCAUGCGCAGGGCAUCUUCCUGCUCAACCUGAUGAACAACCAGCUGCACAACGUCGGCAUCGAGUCAGAGGCGCUGGAGCAGAUGGGCAACCUGCGGGGACUGUACUUAUCUGGGAACAAACUCAACUACUUCCCAAGAUGGAAUCUUCCUUACCUGGAGUACCUAGAUCUAUCGAACAACGACAUGCGGGACAUCCCCCCGCGCUCCUUGGACAGGUUUCACUACCUGAAGGAACUCUUCUUGAGAAACGUCGGCAUCAGCCGGCUGAGCAGAGACUCCCUGUACGGAUUGAAGAGUUUGGAGGGAAUCCGGUUGGAGUACAACAAGCUGCGGAGUAUCCCCACAGACGCGCUCCAGAAAGUCUCCUCCACGCUCAAACGGUUGUGCUUGCGAGGAAAUCCCAUCGGGAGCCUGGACCGCGAUUCCUUUAGGAACCUCAUCCGCGUGGAGUAUUUGGAUAUAGGAAAUACAGACAUCACACAUCUAGGCAAGGAGGUGUUUUCGCCUCUGCCGAGGUUGAUGACUCUGCUGUUGUCGGGGAACUCCAGACUGAAGUUCCUCGCGCCGGACGCCUUCACGUUAGCGCCGCUGCUGAACUACCUUGCCUUGGACGCCUGUGGAUUCGAGACUCUUUCGCCGCGUGUUCUGACGAAUAUUCCCAAGCUGGACUACAUCAGUUUGCAGUACAACCCGUGGACUUGUGACGAGGAGAUAUGCCGUCUUCGUAGCUGGAUGAUCGGCACGAAGGCUCGGUUAAGACAUCGAAACAAGGUGUACUGUACGGCGCCGGUAGAGUUCCGUGGAGCCAAGAUCACCAGUAACAGCUUUAAUGAGUUAUGUGGGAUGGCCCGGCCUAAAACCACCACGGAAAGCGGGUGGAGACCGAUGCCGACCACCCCUGCCCCGAAGGUGUGGGCGCCUCCACGAUUUCAGCCUACUUUACCAGCUGAACCAACCACCACGACUCUACCAACCACUACGGUCUCACCCACCACAAUCAUACCAACAACGGCAUUGCAAACUACGACACCAGGUACAACCAUGGUACCAACAACUACAGCGGUUACAACAACAGCUGUAACUACAACCAGAGCCACCACCACAGUCCGAGCGGCAGGGGCAGAGGCGACUACCCCUAAGACUAUCUCGCCGCGUCCUCCACUUUCCAUUGGUGAAGACGUUGAGAACCCCAUCAUCAACAGUAAGGAGGUCGGGGGAUACGACAUCCCCAACAACCUGAGUCCGCUCAACAUCCCGUCCCAGGCGAUUGAUCCGAAACUGGGCAACGUUGGGAACGAGAUUCCCGGAAAUGACGCCAUCGUGAACUUCCUGCUGACCAAUCAGCGGUGCCCUGACAUAUGCCGAUGCGAGUUCGCGUACGUCGACUGCAGUAACGUCGGGCUGGCGGUCGUGCCCAACCACAUCCCUCCCCAGACCUUCCGACUGUACCUCGACCACAACGGGCUGGUGAAGAUCCCGUCGCAGAAGUUCGCGGGGAUGUGGGGUCUGCUGACGCUGGAGCUGCAGUACAACCAGCUGACGAGUGAGGGCAUUGUUGACGGGUCCUUUGAGGGGCUGCUGAACCUGAAGUAUCUCAUCCUGUCCAAAAACCACCUGACGAGAGUUCCCGAGGAGCUUCCUCCUAAUCUACAGUACCUAGCUCUGGACGGGAACCUGAUUCGGUCUCUGCCUAUGGAAGCGGUGUCGCCAGUGUUCACCAAGGCGCCGCAGCUGUCCUGGGUGGCCCUGCACAACAACCCCUGGACCUGCAACCUGCACGUGUGCGGACUGAGGGGCUUCAUGUACUCCAACUCCAUUUACGUACCGAACCGGGACCGGCUAACCUGCUCCGCACCCGACCAUCUCAACAGGAAACGGAUAGAAUCCAUCCUCAACAUCUGUGCACCACACCUCCACAACAUCCAGCACUACAAGGUUCCCACCACGCAGUCACCGGGCGCACCUGAGGAUGGUGAGGAGGAUGUGCAGGAGGAGAGGGACACCCGCGGGGAGGUCCCCACCUACCGCCCGCUGGACCUGCGGGAGAACGCCACGGACCUGGCCGCCAACUGCCCGGAGAAGUGUCAGUGUAACCCGUUCGGCCACGUGGACUGCCGUAACCUGGGUCUGACGGCCAUCCCUGAUGACGUCCCGCACUACGCCACCAACUUCUACCUGGAGGACAACACCAUCACCAGAAUCCCCGAGAACUCCGUACUCAAACAUCUGGACAAGUUGAAGGUACUGCAUCUUCACAACAACUUCCUGACGGGAGACCGUAUUGACAAGUCGGCGUUCAGCAGCCUGACGUCCCUGGAGUAUCUCCACCUGAACGGGAACUACCUGACCAGGGUGAACCUCCGUCUGCCGGGUCUGCUCAAGUACCUGUAUCUCAGCAACAACUUCCUGUCGUUCAUCAAGGAAAAUGCAUUCAAAGAGGCUCCUGAACUAGAGCGACUGUACCUUGAGGAAAACCUUUUGUCAGACGACAGCAUCAGCGAGGAAGCCUUUAACGGUCUCCACAAGCUUCGCCACCUCAUCAUGUCCGGGAACAAACUACGGGCCGUUCCGAGGAUCCUCCCGGGAAGUUUAGAGGUUCUACAGCUGGACGGUAACCAGAUCGGGAGUGUACAUUUGGACAGCCUGGCCAACAUGAACAACCUGAUCAAGCUGUCCAUGGCAAACAACCAGAUUACAAAUGCAGGGCUGCCGGAGUUCCUCUUCAAGGACCUGCACAGCCUGCAGCGGCUGCACCUGUCCAACAACACUCUGGAGAAGGUUCCCGACCUGCUGCCUCGGCGGAUCAAGUUCCUCUAUCUGGACGGUAACCACAUCAAGAAGCUGGAGGCUGACCAGUUCACCCGCACCCGCCAUCUCAUCUGGCUCCACCUACAGGACAACAAGCUGCGCGCCACUAACAUCGACCCCUCAGCCUUCCGAGGGUUAAGGCGGAUCACCCUCCUCAACCUGUCAAGGAAUCAGCUGUACAUGGUCCCCAGGGGACUGCCUUCUUCCUUGAAGAACAUCUACUUCUCCAACAACAAGAUUGUCAACCUUCCGCCUCACACCUUCACGGACCUGCAAGGGCUGAUGGGUUUGUAUCUGGAUCACAACGACUUGGACAACACGGGGAUGAUCGACGGAUCUCUGCACGGUCUCAACAAACUUCUCACCCUGGAUCUCUCCUUCAACUACAUGACGCACUUCCCUGCCGGGUUGCCCAGGAGUACCAACUAUCUGUACUUCCAGAAGAACUACAUCAAGGAGAUCAGCAAGCGAGCGAUCACCGCGGUUCCUAACCUAAGAUGGUUGUAUCUCCAGAACAACCGGUUAACAGACGACAGCUUGGAGGGAGGCAUCUUUACUUACCUACCGGAUCUUAUGAAGUUGGAUCUGUCCGGGAACUACUUGGGACAGGUUCCGAACGACUUGCCGAGAAAACUGGAGUACUUGUAUUUGAACGAUAAUGACAUCAAGGUGAUUUCUGAAGACGCCUUCAAGAAGACACCCUUCAUUCGGGAACUUGAACUUAGCGACAACCCCUUAUCAAAGUUCGAUAUCGCUACAGGGGCUCUGACUCCUCUGAAAUUCUUAAGAAGGCUCUACAUAGCAGACGACGACGAAAACUCAGAAAACGAAAUUGACUACUAUGACUAUUGACGGAGUACUUCUUAUGGUGCUAGUUUUGAUGAUAUCUGAAUUCCAAGACUUCGAUCCUAGUUUUAAGUUUGGCCAGCAGUCCGGCUGCCGACUGUUGAUAUGUCCGCUAACUCCAAUACUUCAUGCUGCAUACUCAUUGUGUCAUAACAUGUCUGCUUGUCUACUUGUUGUUAUGUUAGGUAAUGAACGUCAAGGAGAACAAAUUUAAGUUCUGUUUGUUGUUUUGUCUUUGUGGAAGUUGGAAUAACCCCACUGCUCUUGUGGGAGACCUGUUUGAACGAUACUUAUAACCACUGGUGAUCGUCGCCAAUCGCUGAAGUUUUUAUACACCACGUUUUUUUUUCCGGUUCUCAUCAUCAGACUUAUGAGUUGAAUAAGGUCCUGCGACUAGGUGGCAAAGGUCAGCUACCUUGUUUAAUACGGAAAGGGUUGUCUUAGAUCAUUGUCAGCGUUAUAAUAGUUUACCCUAUGAAAUAAAGACUAAGCUUUAAUUUCCACUAACACUUACUACAAAAAAUUGGGACUUACCCCAAAUUUUAGGUUGACUCCAUCAACCUUGUUCAA